AUGUCUCGAAUCAACAUCCCCAUCGACGUGCUCACGUCGCGCUUCAACAUCGGCGACCGCUUCUCUGGUCUGCGCAGCCAGUCUAUCGGUCAGCGUUUCGCCAACCUCAAGCCUAUUUCCGAGUUCCUCGACAUCAAGAGACUGUCAAAGCCGCACAACUUCGCUGAGGUUCAGACGCGUGUCAACUACAAUCUGGCCUACUUCUCGAGCAAUUAUGCCGUCGUCUUCAUCAUGCUCAGCAUCUAUAGCCUGAUCACCAAUCCGUGGCUGCUGUUCGACAUCAUCUUCGUCUCCUUCGGCAUGUGGUUCAUUGGAAAGAUGCAAGGCGCUGAUCUCGAGAUUGGCACUUUCAAGGCGACGACAUCCCAACUCUACACCGGUCUACUCUGCAUCGCGGUCCCCAUUGGUUUCUUUGCUUCACCUUUCUCAACCAUUCUCUGGCUCAUUGGUGCCUCCGGUGUGUCCAUCCUGGGCCAUGCCUCAUUCAUGGACAGACCAAUCGAGAAUGCUUUUUCCGAGGAGGCGGUCUAG